AUGACUGCAACACUUGUAAAUAAUGCUCCUAUUCCUCCUGCUCCUUCUGUAUCUGCAGUUCCCUCUCCCUCCACUUCUACUUCAACACUUCCUCCUUCAGCAAAGAAAAAGAACACCAAUUUUGUCAAUCUUCAUGAGCCAGGUGUUGUCAUUCCUCCAAAACUAAACUCUAUUUAUUCUAGGUUAAACUAUGAGAAACCUAAAGUGGAGACCCAAAAGGUCGUCAAAACAAUCAAACAAUCAACUAUUGUUAAGAAUACUACAUUGGAUGAAAAUCUCAUACUUUUGGAUAAUGUCAUAAUGCAGAGCAAUAUGGAUUCUGAUGUUUUUCAUCCUGGCGAUCCAUCCUUCUUACUCAAAUAUGACUCUCUUAAAUAUGAAGUUAAAAAUCCGAAUCCAUCCCUCUUAUUCAACAAACCAAUCAAGACCAAUUUUGACAAGGCACUCAAUAUGACCAUCUCAUUUACCAAUACAUUAAUGCUGUCAGUGAAACCAGAAGAUAAGGAAGAUGGAAAAAAGGGAGGUCUCACCCUCAUGACAAAUACUCCUAAUACUACUCCUCACACAACACAUAUUGUGAAUGGACCAGUCCUUACAGUACAAGCUCCUCUCGUAUAUUUGUUUUUGAAGACUGAAUCUCCUAUUUAUGAUUCUGGAUCAUGUAGGUAUGGAUUUAUGGAAGAUGGAAAGUGUUACCUUGUCCAUAGAUUGAGAGAAAUUUGCCUAAAGAUGAAAAGGCCUCAACAACAACCAACCACAAUCAAAAUGGUUGCUCGUACCAAGUCGGCAAGUGUGAGGGCUAAACAAUUAUUUGAACAAGAGCAAGCCUUAAAAAGACAGAUGCAAGAACAAGAGCAGAAUACUGAGGAGGAUGAUGGUGAUGGUGAUGAGAAUGAGAAGGAUGAAUCAGAUAAUAGUAGUGAUAAUAGUAGUAGUUUGAGUAGUUAUUCGAUUUCUUCUGAGGGGAGUUUGGAAGAAGUUUGUGCAAAGAGUUUGAUGGUUCUUAACAAACAAGAAGAUAAUAACAUUGCAAUAGUAGAAAUAACGGAUGAUGAAAAGAGUAGUAAUGGUAGUGGAAGCAGCAAUGGUGGCGUUGUGGAAAAUUCAAAAUCCAAUGAAACUACCACAUCAAAUUGUACUAAUCAGAAUUCCACUAUAAUUUCUGACAAUGAACAAGUAUUGAGAGAACCCAAAGUCAUUGAGGAUGAUGUAUUGAACACAUUGGUGGCAAUGAAACAUCAGCAGGAUCAACCUCAGGUGCAAUGCACGAUAACCAAUGUUGCAUCAUCACAACAAGAUGGUUCUGUAUCGUCACUGCCUGAGAAGAGGACAAUCGAAAAUGUUAAUGAACGGAUACAACCUUGUGACGAUACAACAACUCGGGAGCAUUCAAAUAUGAAAAAUACUGAAAUUGGAAAUACUCAACACCUUAAUCUUUCCUAUAAUCCUAAUCAUGCUGAGGCAAGAUCAACAACUGAUGUUUCAGACAAUACAACACAACAAUACUCCUCAUCUGUUGAUGGACAAUUACAAAUGCACACAACAGUCACUCCAUCAAUACAUACAACCCUGAAAAACAGUUCAUUACCUCAAACACAGCAGCAGCAGCUGCAACCAUCUCUUCCCCAAAUUUAUCAUCACAAAGAUGAUCAUCAAUACUCAUAUAGUACCUCAACAAUUUCAACAAUCGUUACUACAGCCAAUGCAUCUGUAACAAAGUCAGCAUCUACUGCAUAUCAUCAACACCAAUACACUGUAAACUCGAGUCCAUCAAACAAAACCACCUACCCAGAGUCUCACUACCUUAAUUCGUAUGGAUCCUCUGGUGGACCAAUACCAACAAUAACAACUAGACAUUCACCACCUCAAAGUCCUACCAUUAUUACUAAUAGUAUACCACCACAACAACCAUCAUCCUCAUCAUCACAUUAUAGUGGUAGUAGUAGCUCUGCAUUUUCAAGUCAAGUAUUCUCAUCACCUCCAAGAUAUGAUCCUUCUAUUAGUAAUAAUACUGUCCCACCUGCAUCUAUUCAUUCUACACCACCACCACCACCACAAAAGGUAUCUUCACAUAUCUAUGAUCAUGGUGUUUAUACCAAACACUAUCACCAACCUCCAAUGGUUUAUCAUUAUCAUCAACCUUAUCUUCCUCCAAUGUCUGUCCCUCCACCACCUCAUCAUCAUGUUCCUUAUAUGCAACCCUAUAUGACCAAUCCAAUGAUGAGCAUUCCUCCACACAAUCAAACAUCUUCGUAUAGUUCAAUUCCUCAACAAGAGCAAUAUUAUUAUCAACAGCAAACAAGCAGCAGUUCUAAACCACCAAUUCAAGGAUCUUAUCCUUCUUCUUCCACAACAACUUAUGUAAAUAGCUCACCACAUCAUCAACCAGCUCUAUCAAAUCAAAGUUCAAGUUCAAAAUCAACUAGUCCACAACCACUAACACCAUCGCAUGAAACUCUUGGAAAUUCAUCCAAUAAUAAUCAACCAAAAAACUCGUUUUUUCAAGAUAUUAUUCAAAUUCCAAAACCAAUGGAAUCUACCAAAAGAAAGCGAGAAUAUCUCAAAGAUAUUGUCUUGGAUACUGCAAAAUUAGGCCAAUUAGAAUAUGAAACCUUUGUGGCUGAACAACAACGAAGACAGGAAGGAGCUAUCACACCUAACAAGAAGAGUAAGCUUUUUAAUAUGGAUUUUAUGAAUACAGUCGAUCCAAAUAUCAUGAGAGACAAGAUUGAAAUUACAAAAAGAAAGGAAUUUUAUGCUGAUCCAGCUCCACCUAGAACAGAAUAUUUGGAAAUUUUGCAAGGUGUUCGAGCCAAUGCAGAAUACAAGUUUGGAGAUCCACUGCCUGAUCAUGUUGUCAAGGUAACAUUUGGUAGAUAUAGUGAAACUGCCAAGUCAGCUUCUGUUAGACUUUCAAUUUAUGGAAGAGGUCUUAGAGAUGAACCAAAAAAGAGGAAGUUUAUUCAAGCCAUUGCAAAUUUUGAGUUGGAGGUCAUUAAUGGAGCAGCAAAAGUCACCUUUUCAGAUCUUGCAGCAAGACAUGCUAGUCACAAAUUUGGGAAAAUGUUGUUUUUGAGAUUUGGAUUAUUGUGUGAUGGUGUAGAAGUUUCUUCAGUUGAAACUGAAGGUUUUACCACCAUCACCUUACGAGGUAUUCAAAAGAGACAACAACGACAGAAUAAAGAAGUCAAUCAAUAA